AUGGACCAUGUGCUGAGCGUCACCGACCGCUACGUCCUCACGCCGUUCGUGUACCCGGCCUCGUGGCCCGAGGACGAGCCGCUGCGUCAAAUCAUCAGCCUGCUGCUGGUGACCAACCUGGGAGCUCAACUCCUCUACCUCGGCUUCGGAGCUCUGAGCUUUUAUUUCGUCUUCGACCACAAACUCAUGAAACAUCCACAGUUCAUGAAGAACCAGGUGCGAAGAGAGAUCAAACUGGGAACCGUCUCCAUCUUCUGGAUGAGCUUCCCCACGGUGGCCUUGUUCUUCUCUGAGAUCAGAGGAUACAGCAAACUUCAUGACAACGUCGGAGAGUCUGCCUCGGGCUGGCCCGGGCUGCUGCUGGGCAUCGCUGGCUUCCUCUUCUUCACUGACAUGUGUAUCUACUGGAUCCACCGCUCCAUGCAUCAUAAGAGCAUUUACAAGCACUUGCAUAAGCAGCAUCAUAUAUUUAAGAUCCCCACGCCGUUUGCCAGCCACGCCUUCCACCCAGUCGAUGGUUUUCUGCAGAGUCUACCCUACCACGUCUACCCUUUCCUCUUCCCCCUGCACAAGGUAGUGUACCUCUCCCUCUUCGUCUUCGUCAACAUCUGGACCAUUUCCAUACAUGACGGGGAUUUCCGCCUCCCUGGCCCCCUGGUCCAGGUGAUCAACGGCGCCGCCCACCACGUGGACCAUCACCUCUUCUUUAACUACAACUACGGUCAAUACUUCACGCUGUGGGACCGUCUGGGCGGCUCGUACCGACAGCCGUCAGCCCUGCUGGGGAAGGGGCCGCACGACCUCGUCCGCAAGCUGACGUCUGAGGCAGCAGAGACAGAGUGA